AUGGUUAAGGGGAUAGCAGUUCUUUUUGAAUACGAAACACCGAAAUUAGUACAGAUCUCAAAUAUUAAAAUCGGUGUUACUCAAAGGCUUCUACAACUAGUUAUCCUUAUAUAUGUCGUCUGCUGGGUUAUGAUAUAUGAAAAAGGUUAUCAAGAAAAUGACGUUGCCAAAAGUGCAGUCACAACUAAAGUGAAAGGCAUUGGAUUUACAAACCUUCCACACAUUCCCGGUAUUGGAAGACGCAGUUGGGAUGUAGCAGAUUAUAUUGUUCCACCAUUAGAAAAUAAUGCUUUGUUUGUGAUUACCAACAUAAUUAAAACUGAAAGACAGUCGCUUUCCAAAUGCGCGGAGAGUCCUUCAGUAAAGGCAGCAGACUGUCGUACGGAUGCUGAUUGUCAGCCAUACUAUCUUACACACCUUGGAAAUGGAGCUCAUACAGGAAAGUGUAUCGUUGAGCCAGGAAAUGAUAAAGGAUCAUGUGAAAUAUACUCUUGGUGUCCUUUAGAAAAUGAUAGCUUACCACUUGGUAAAGGAUCAUACUUAUUUCCAAUGGUUUACAAUUAUACACUGCUUAUUAAAAAUGAUAUAAAUUUUGAGAAAUUUGGUAUUCAUCGACGAAAUAUUCAAAAUUGGGCAUCGAAGAAAUUCCUUCGUACAUGCUUAUACAAUAAAAGUGAUCCAGAGAAUCGUUUCUGUCCAAUAUUUCAAUUUGCUACUAUAUUUCAAGAGGCCAAUGUAGAUGAAUCAAUAUUUAUUAAAGGUGGUGUAAUUGGCAUUGAUAUCAAUUGGAAAUGCGAUCUAGAUUGGGAUGUUCAAUACUGUAAUCCGACGUAUUCAUUUCGCCGACUAGAUGAUGCACAUGCGAAAAUUGCCUCUGGAUUUAACUUUCGUUAUGCAAAUUUCUACAGUGAAAAUGGUACAAACUAUCGAGAUUUGAUUAAAGCUUAUGGUAUACGAUUUGUUAUCCAUGUAAGCGGAGAGGCAGGAAAAUUUCAUUUCCUCCCGUUAACAAUGAAUAUUGGCUCAGGUUUGGCUUUGUUGGGUCUGGCGCCAACAGUAUGUGACAUUAUCGCUUUAAAUUUAUUACGAUCAAGAGAUAUUUAUCAACGAGCGAAAUUUGAAACUAUCGCUGAAGAACAAGAACACUUGUCUAAUCGACGAGCAAGUAAAGCUCAACGUAAAAAACAUACAACAUCAACACCACCAGCAGUCAAAUCAAAUAGUGUUAGUAGAAAUGAACUAUCCGAUGAAAAUGGUAAAGUUGUUCAAUGGAAAGAUGAUGAUUCAAAUGAUCAACCGAUCUCGUGGGUUCGCGUUCACAUCGAUUAUAUGCGUAGUGAAUUGUCCACUGGUUCAACUGAUCAAAAUGGUCAUUUUAGCGUCGUCUUACCACCAGGAGUGUAUCGUAUAACCCUGCGGGCUAAAGGUUACUUAGAUUUGAGUGAAAUAAUUAUUGUGGAUAUAAUGAAAAGUCCUAUUCAUCGUGUAUUUCGUAUGAAACAUGUCGAUGGAUUAUCAUCAGCUUAUCGUUUAUACGUGGUUGGUAUGAUUGCAUCAAUUGUUGCAAUAUUUUCAUUAACUUUAACUAUCUGUGUAUGCUAUCAUUUCUGUUGUCAUUCACGUGUACCAUAUGCAAUCGUAAGACGUUCAGUUGAUAGAUCGGAUAAAUCUUCACCAUUAUCAGCAUCAUCAAGUCAUCAAACAAAGCGUGGACCAUAUUCACUAUUAGCUAUGGAUGAUAUGAAUACGUCGUAUGGUAAUGAUAAUGAUAAUAAUCACAACGGAUCAUCAAAUAAUGACUGUCUGGAAUCAAUGUUAACACAUAAUGGCACAGAUGAAGACGGAAACGAUGGUGAUGAUUAUAAUAAUAAUGAUGAUGAUGAUGACGGCGUUGAUGCUGAAAGUGACAAUGGCAAUGUAAUAGUAUUGCAUGAUUCAAACCUACGUGAAACAAAAUUAGGAGCAAUGAAGUCAUUAGUUAAAACAAAACUAUUUAAUAAACGUAUUUCAAAUCGUAUCCAUAAUAAAAAUCGUAAAUACAUCCCGAAAUCCAUGUCAUCAUCCUAUCGUGAUGGUAAUGGCGACGACGAUGAUGAUGUACUUGAAGAGGUUCAACUUGUUUGAAAAAUAACGGCAACGCAUAUGUUCAAUGUUCAACGCAAUUGAAAUAAAAGCAUAUAGAAAUAUUCCUGGUCCGAUCAUAUUAUAUUCUUUUGUUCUGUUUUGUAUUUAUAUAUUUAUUACUUUCUGUUGUGUUUUCGUCAGUGUUGUUGCUGUUGUUCUGCUUUCUUUUAUUGAAUAAAUUGUAAUCUUCAUUUUUUCAGAGUAUAUCUUUCAUUGACACUAAGUCUCUUUAGUCUGUCUCUAUCAUGCAUUCCAACCAAAAAUCUGAUGUGAUCUCUGUGUGUGUGUCUUUUACAUUUAUCCUUUCGGACGAAAGUUUUUGAAAAUUCACAUCAGAUUGUGAUACAUUUAUAUACACACACACACCUUUUUUUUGUCUUUCUUCAAUCUUUUUAUUAGACAGUGAGUGAUAUGUUCAAUGUGUUCAAUGAUUGACUGUUUUUUUUGUUUAAAUUCACUGUGUUUUUCUUUUGUCUGGCAUAUUUAAAUUUAUUGAUUUUUUGUAUUUUGUAGGAUUGAACCCGGUAUCAUAGUGAAAAUUAGGUUGCAUAUCGGUGAAAAUCUGUUUGCUGUUCUUUUUUUCUCACUGAUUUUUUACUUUCAGAAAUAUUUCGAUUCCACUGACAGACAAUCUCAUGUACACUGCUGUCUCUGCUGCACGUUGCUCUUUUGUUGUUCACGCUUCUUUUAGUAAUAUUUGCUAUUUUAUAUUUUUAAGUGUAUUUCUUGGUUGUUUUUUUUAAAUAUCUAUUUCAGUCGGUCAUCACAAUUUGAAGUACUCCACACUGACAUUUAAUUUGUUUGUUUAUUUCUCAUGCAAUAUUCAAUUUUAUAAAAUAUUUCAAUUCUCACAUAAUCGACAUUUGCUGCUAUGUAGUCAACUCCACUACUUUUUAUUUCUGUCUUCCGCCUCAUUUGCAUUUUUUUUUUCAUUUUGAUGUCUUUACAGUUAAUUUGUUUUAAAUACGCGUGUUUUCAAUGUCAGCUAUGCGUUUGGUGGUAUUUUUUUUGGUUGAUUUAUUUUAUAUUUCGAGAAAAUAAUGGUAAAUCGUAAUCAUAUCUCCAAGUGAAUAAAAGUUAUAUAA